GGUGAUCAGAGGCGCGAUGCUGUGGUGAGCAGUAAAGAGUUACUGUCCUGAUCUCUGCUUUAAAGAUGGACUCGGGCGCUGCUCUCAAGCUCUCCCUCACCUUAUGUUUGUUCUUCAAUUUAUGGCUGAUCAUCGCCACCGCAUAUUCCCAUAAUUGUGACAGUCACCUGGUGUCUGACUUGCUUCAAUCAGCUUUCGAUUGCUCUUCCAAGUUCUCAAGCAGUCACAGCCCUGGCUUCGCGAAGCUGAACAGGAGAGAUGGAGCUGGUGGAUGGUCACCCCUGGAAUCUGACAAAUACCAAUGGUUACAGAUGGACCUCGGUGAGAGAACAGAAAUCACCGCCGUAGCAAGCCAGGGGCGGUAUGGGAGCUCAGACUGGGUGACACGCUACCUGUUAAUGUUCAGUGACACAGGAAGGAACUGGAAACAGUAUCGCCAAGAAGACAGCAUUUGGGCGUUCGUAGGAAACUCCAACGCAGACACUGUUGUGCACCACAAGUUGCAAAACUCAAUCAAAGCCAGGUUCUUGCGGUUUGUUCCUCUUGAUUGGAAUCCUAAUGGAAGAAUCGGAAUGAGGGUUGAAGUUUAUGGCUGCUCUUACAAAUCGGAUGUUGCCAACUUUGAUGGGAAGAGCUCCAUGUUCUACAGGUUCAGCCAGAAGAGUGUGACCACGGUAAAGGACAUGAUCUCCCUCAAGUUCAAGACAAUGCAAAGUGAUGGAGUGGUCCUGCACGGAGAGGGACAACGGGGAGAUUACAUCACGCUGGAGCUGAAGAAAGGCAAACUCUCAUUAGAGAUCAGAUUAGGUGACGCAACACUUCAAACUAUUGAUGCCUAUUCCUCUGUCGUACUGGGCAGUCUCCUUGAUGACCAACAUUGGCAUUAUGUUGCAAUUGAACGUAAUAAAAAGCAAGUGAAUUUUACUGUGGAUGCAGACACGCAACACUUCCAAACCAACGGGGAAUUUGAUGUCUUGGAUAUUGACUAUGAGCUGAGCUUUGGAGGGAUUCCAAUUCCAGGCAAAUCUGUGACUUACCUGAGGAAGAACUUUCACGGCUGCAUUGAAAAUCUCUAUUACAAUGGAGUGAAUAUUAUUGAUCUGGCCAAGAGACACAAGCCCCCAAUACAUAUCGUGGGGAACGUGACAUUUUCCUGCACAGAGCCCCACAUCGUCCCGGUCACUUUCAUGACUUCCAGCAGUUACUUGCGGUUGCCUGGAACAGGUCAAAUGAAUGAAUUAUCUGUCAGCUUCCAAUUCCGUACCUGGAACAAGGAUGGUCCGCUGCUGUACACUGAACUUCACAGAGCAUCUGAAGCUCUGCAGAUUUACCUCAGUGACGGUAAACUGCAAGUAGCAGUUCAUGAAUCAUCGUGGAGCCAAGCUGACAUCACUACAGGGCACAAUCUGAACGAUGGACAAUGGCACACCAUCCAUUUGAGUGCCAGACGGAAUCAUGUCAGUGUCCAGUUGAACAGUGAAGCUGCCAUGACUGCUCACUUGACCACACAGAUGCGGAUGUACUCAGGAGGCAGCUACUAUUUUGGAGGCUGCCCUGGAAAUGACAUUGAUGCUGGAUGUUCAAACACAGUCGGUGUCUUUCAAGGUUGUAUGCGACUUGUGUACAUUGACAACCAACUUGCUAACCUCAUUCUGGUGCAACAAGGCUUGCAAGGCAACUUCAGUGAUUUACAAAUAGACCUGUGUGGCAUCAUGGACAGGUGCUUGCCGAAUUACUGUGAGCAUGGCGGAGAAUGCUCUCAGUCCUGGAGUACCUUUUACUGUGACUGCAGAGGGACUGGCUAUACAGGAGCUACCUGCCAUAACUCCAGGUAUAAGCAGUCAUGUGAGACAUACAAACACACAGGGAAUACAUCCGGCUUCUUCUCCAUUGAUCCCGAUGGUAGUGGUUCACAGAGACCUUUGCUCGUCUAUUGCAAUAUGACAGAAGACAGAACCUGGACCAUAAUUCAGCACAACAACACGAAGGAAAGCAAAUUACACGGUUCUCCCAAUUACGACAAGCCUUACGUCGCAUCGUUCAACUAUAGUGCCAAUGUGGAACAGCUGCAGACAAUGAUUGAUCGUGCUGAGCACUGUGAGCAGGAGAUAGCCUACCACUGCAAGAACUCACGCCUCCUGAAUACACCUGAUGGCAUACCAUUGACCUGGUGGAUUGGGAGGACCAAUGAGAAGCAAACUUACUGGGGAGGUUCGUCACCAGGCAUUCAGAAAUGUGCCUGUGGAUUGGAGGAGAGCUGCUUGGAUACCAAGUAUCACUGUAACUGCGAUGCUGACAGAGAUGAAUGGACUAAUGACACAGGGCUUCUGUCAUACAAAGAUCACUUGCCUGUGACUCAGAUUAUUAUUGGAGACAUUAACAAGACAAACUCUGAAGCCACCUACAAGCUUGGACCACUACGUUGCCAUGGUGAUGGUAAUUACUGGAAUGCGGCAUCCUUCAACACCGAGUCCUCGUAUUUGCACUUCCCCACAUUUCAUGGUGAGCUCAGUGCGGACAUUUCAUUCUUCUUCAAAACAACCGCAUCCUCGGGAGUUUUCCUGGAGAAUCUCGGAAUUAAGGACUUCAUAAGGAUAGAGCUGAACUCCCCGAUGGAAGUGCUAUUCUCAUUCGACGUGGGUAACGGGCCAUCGGAGGUUAUUGUGAAGUCAUCCACUCAUCUGAACAACAACCAGUGGCAUUAUGUCAGAGCAGAGCGAAAUAUCAAAGAGGCAUCUCUUCAAGUGGAUCACCUGCCAAGCAAGACUCAAGAGGCCCCAGAUGACGGACACAUCCACUUACAGCUCAACAGCCAGCUAUUUGUAGGAGGAACCGCCUCAAGACAGAAAGGAUUCCUCGGAUGCAUUCGGUCCCUGCAACUAAAUGGGGUGACCCUUGACCUUGAGGAAAGAGCAAAAAUGACCCCAGGGGUGAAGCCAGGAUGUCCAGGGCAUUGCAGCAGUUACGGCAACCUGUGCCACAACGGGGGGAGGUGCAUCGAGAAAUAUAGCGGCUAUUCCUGUGACUGUGGCCACUCUGCUUAUGACGGACCAUUCUGUAAGAAAGAGAUUUCUGCAAUCUUAGAAGCUGGGACAUCGUUGGUUUAUGAUUUCCACGAAUCUUAUGGCACUGGCAAAAAUGUCAGCAGCCACUUAUCUGCGAUCUACUCGGACAUGACGCUUUCGAGGGAGAACAUAGAGUUCAGCUUUCGAACCACCCACACUCCAAGUGUGCUGCUUUAUGCAGACUCCUAUUAUGAGGAAUAUAUAGCAGUGGUUUUGUGCAGUAAUGGGAGCCUCCAUAUCAGAUACAAGCUGGAUAAUGAUAAAGAUGCUGAUAUCAUCAACAUCGAUAGCGGAAAGCUGGCAAAUGGACAACUCCACAGUGUGAAGAUUGAUCGAGAAGGGAGAGAUGUCUAUGUUCAGAUUGAUCAGCUCCCAACACUGAGGUUCAAUCUGUCAUCAGGAACUGACACAGAGUUCAAUGGCAUGAGAUCCCUGAUCCUGGGCAAGAUCAUGGACAUUAGUGGGCUGGACAAAGAGCUCCUAAAAGCAAACACUUGGGGAUUUAUUGGCUGCCUUUCUACCGUCCAGUUUAAUGGGAUCACACCACUUAAGGCCGCCCUACGUCACUCCAGCGCUGCACCGGUCACAGUCAAGGGCAGUUUGGCUGAGUCAACAUGUGGCGUUUCAGGAUCAGCUGGUUCAAGAGCCAUUACAACAACCCAUCCACUUGCAGAUCACCCAGGGGCAAUUGAAGAGGGAAAGCUACUAACGAACGCAAUAAGGAGUGACUCAGCAGUCAUUGGAGGUGUGAUAGCGGUGGUGAUCUUUGUCAUCCUCUGCAUCAUAGCUGUCAUGGGACAUUUGUUAUACAGACACAAAGGCACCUAUCGCACCAACGAAACAAAGGGGGUGGAAUAUGCUGAGAAUACCGACACCACACUGAAGAACAAUGCCAAUUAUCAGGACUCCAUUAGUGAAGGCAAGAAGGAAUAUUUCAUCUGACAGUGAUACGGGCCCUUCUCAUUACCACAAUUACAGCAGAAGAUUAAUAACACUAACAGCUGGGACUCGCUGUCUGUGCUAUGAGUUAGCUCUAGACUGUGCAGAUUAAACGGCCAAAUGCUAUGUUCAAAGUAUUGUCACAGGACAAAUGACUGGUUUACACUUCUGUUCACCUUGACAGGACAGAGAUAUAACCUAUUGUUUCCUGCUAACUCUAGGUCAGCUCAGGGGAGUAGAAAUAAGACUUUUGUAAACUCUAUAUAAAGACAGCAGAGAAAAAAAUUACCAUUAUAUGUACCGCAUGGAAAAAUAAGCCGCUCUUUACUUUUAUUUUCUGUUUAACUUCAGUUGGUGUCCCUCCCACCCAUUUUAUUUUUUUCCCAACAGUUCAGUGCAAACACAAUCUGGGGAUAAAUUCCAGACAACACUGAUACCACAUCAACACCUUGUGUUUACUGCAUGCCUUUAUCAUUGUAACAUAUUCCAAGGCACUUAUGUCCCAAUACUCAAUAACAUUUUACACUGAGCAACAUAAGGUGAUAUCAGGAUAGGUUACAGUCGAAGCAGUUAGGGACAGGCAAUAGAUGCUGGCCCAGCUAGUGAUGCCUACGUCAAAUGAGUAAGUCACAAACAAAAGCUUGAUUAAACAGGGAUGCCUGGCGAGUAUAAAAGGAGAUGGGAGGGAGAGGCAGGAAGUUUCAGGGAAGUGAUUCCAGAACUUAGGAACUGAAGGCUGCCAAACCAUGUGGCAAUUAAAAGUAAAGAUGUGCAAGAGGCCGGAAUUGAAGGUGUACCAGAGAGUUGCGCAGGUGAUGGUGUCACUGAUAUAGGGUGGUGUUGAAACUUCAGAGUGAUUUCUUCUCCAAAAGUGAGAAUCUUCACCCAGGUUACAUUACCAUGAGAGCUAAAAGGAUCAAAUGCUGAGGCCAGGUUGUGUGGAUUAGGUUUGCUUUCCCUUGAGUACAGAUGAUGCAAUGAUUUUAUUGAGGUUUCGGAGAAGAUUGAUGGAGUUGAUAUUGUGGAAAGAGGAGUAUUUCCUCUGGUGGGAGAAUCCAGAACAAGGCCUUCAUGUUAAAGCUGAGACUUUCAGAGGUGAUGCAGGAAAUGCCUUUUCUGAACAAAAAUGAGCAUGGAAAUCUGGGGGUUAAAAUUGGAGGGAUUAGACAAUUGAAAGAAUUAAAACCAAAGUGAAUAGAUUUUGAUAGGUUAAGGUUAUUGAAUCUUAUGAAACCAAUGCUGUUAAGUGAGGUUAAGAUAUAAAUGAUACUUGAUCUAACUAAAUGGUGGAAUAUGUUUAGGGGCCUGAAUGACUUAUUCUUGAUCCAACCACAUAAGCUUCCAUCACCAAGCAAAAUGAUGUCCAGACCUGACAAGCACUUUUAAAGAGGUGCAGGAAUCUUAACAUCUUCCCCCUUCUUCAGUGCUAAGGACGAAGUUUACUGCUUCUAUUGCUCAUCUAGCCAAAAUCAACACUCUCAGAACAGGCAAAGAUUCAACAUGAUUUUCUGAUGAAACAGGGAUUGAAUUGAAUUGAAUUUAUUGUCAUGAGUACUGAGGCACAGUGAAAAGCUUUGUAAGAUUGAAUGUGCAUGUGUGGCAAACAAAUAAUUGUUUGGUAACUCAAGCCAACAAUAAUGACGGAAAGUAGAAUGACAUGACCAUCAAGAAGUUGCAGGACUGUAUAGGUAAAUCUUGGAAUUAGUUAUGUCGGGCAAUUAGAAUCCAGGCUUUGGGGAAUGGUAGCAUUAAGGUCCCUCACACAAAUGCAAAAAUAAAAAGCUCCAGAGUUUACAUUUAUCAUUUCUUGCAUAAUGGUAAUUUUUCACUGCUUUUAUUUAAUUCCAUUUUAUAAAAAUCUUGGGUCUAAUCCUAUGACCUGACCUCAAUAACUUCUGUAAAAUUAAUACCUUUUCUGUAAAUGACUAACUAUCUUGCGACAUAAUUACAUGCAAGAUCUUUGCUCUUCAGGAUUUUGUGGUGCCAGAUGAAGUCGAGUCCUUUGUACCAUUAUUCAACAUAUAUAUCAACAUAUAUACACACACACGUAAACUAUUUUUAUGUUGUACAGCAGAAAUCAACCCCAAGCACAAACUAGUUGGAAGUCACAUGUCAGAGUAUCACACAGAAAGGAAGUAAGAUGGGGAGCCCACUGGCUGUCUUGUUUGCUGUGAAUGACAGGCAGGAAAAUAAAAAUACUGGUCAAUCAGCCAUAUCCCAUACUAAUGAUAAUAUGGUCCUCCAAGCCCUUCCCCUAUUGUAGACUCUGUGUCCCCCUUCUCCAUACUGGAGCUGCAAAUCCUCUGGGAGAUGCACAAAAACAGAGAGGGAACAAUGAAAUAGAUCCUUUUUCCGUAUCACAUUGUCUGAAAGCCUUCCAAUGAGAUAGAACAAUUCUGACUAAAUAUUCUAAAUGCUACUAAUUGUUUUGUAAUUGAGUAGACAAUAGUUACCAUCACUUGGCUUUUUUUUUAAUGCAAUCACUGUGAUCCAUUUGACCUCAGAAAUCACCAUGGUUACAAUACAGUCCUGGGCAGCAAAGCAUUUGGUGAAUUAUGAAGAAGUUGUAUUUUUAUCCAGACAUCCCAUUGCAAUGUGAAUGAUGUAUCAUAGGCACAACCCCAUUAAACUUGCAAACAAUAAAAUCUUCGGAAUCAAAACUUCAUGCUUAGUAGAAAUGAGACCCUGAUUCAAUUUGAAACAAGACGUGGUCUGAAAUAAUAAUGUCUGAAUUAUGUCCAAUGUUAACCAUUAGGUGGAUGUAGGAUUUGUAAUAUAAUUAUCAAGGUCAGCAAGUUGAAUUGAAUUAGUUUUAUUGUCACGUACACAUGUACUCUUGGGUACCAAGAUAGGAGGAACAGAUUGUUGAGUACAAAUCCUUAGGAAAGUAAAGUCUUAAGAAAAAAUUUUUAAAAAAGAAUAUUGAAAACAAAGUCCACUUAGAUAUGUGUUUUCCUUCAGGCAAAAGGAAAUAAUGUUUGGGUAAAAUGAAUUGUUACUAUUUAUGGGUGCAAUUUUGUAAAUAACCUGGAAGUUAAGACAUAUACCUUAGCGAACUCUUGUGAGUAGUGACUCACGCCUAGGAAAUCCCUUCCCUUCUGCUCAAAUAUUGGUAACUUUUCCAAAGUACUGGCAUUGCUGAACCAGUGGGAUCACAUUCCCCUCAAAUAUUGAUGCAGUCCUAUUGGCUUCCUGCAAAUAUUAGCACCCUACCACUGAUUCCAAGCCAAUACCCACAUGGUGCUAAUCCCUGCCUCUAAUAUUUUUCAAACUCCCAAGGUAGCCUGAAAAUAUUGACAAGGUAUUAAUAAUGCUUAUCAAACAUUAAGACAUUCUGGAAACAGAUAUAAGAACAUAAGAACUAGGAGCAGGAGUAGGUCAUCUGGCCCAUUGAGCCUGCUCUGCCAUUCAAUGAGAUCACAGCUGAUCUUUUCAUGGCCUCAUCGCCACUUAUCCAACCUCUCACCAUAACUCUCAAUUCCUUUACUGUUCAAGAAUGGCCUGUCUUAGCUUUAAAAACGUUUACUGAGAAAGCCUCAACCACUUCA